AGCUCGUCUUCCUACUCGCGCGAGCGCCGCCACUGCAGGUUGAUCUCCCCUUCGAUCCUCUCGCUCCCGGCCUUUUCUCCUCCCAUCAACCCACGAACGGAUUCCGCCCUUUAGCCCCACCGUUUCAUCUCCUUAAUUUUCCCCAAUUCGUAUCUGAGGCGAAAAUCAAGGUAGGGCGGCCGCCUACUGCGUCCUCCGCCCGUGUGUGCAAUGGCUUUCGCUUGUCGAGUUGGAAGUGUUCUGAGAAGGACCUCGCAGUCCUCGAAUUCUUCACUACUCCAGGCAAUAAGGUGCAUGUCUUCUUCGAAGCUUUUUGUAGGAGGACUAUCAUAUGCCACCGACGACCCAACUCUGAAGGAUGCCUUUUCUCACUACGGGGAUGUCUGUGAAGCUAGAGUCAUCAUCGAUAGGGACACUGGCAGGUCAAAGGGUUUUGGAUUUAUUACUUAUACAUCUAGUGAAGCUGCUGCUGCUGCCAUUUCUGCUAUGGAUGGCAAGGACCUUCAAGGACGAAUGGUAAAGGUGGCCUACGCCACUGACCGUGCUGGUGGAAUGCGUGGAGGUGGUGGGUACACUGGUAAUUACGGAAGUGGCGGAUAUGGCAACACGGGAUACGGAAGUAGCGGUGGUGGAUAUGCUGGCAAUGGUGGUGGUUAUGGAAGUGGAGGGCAUGGCAGUGGUGGUGGAUAUGGUACUGCAGGAUAUGGUGGUUACAGUGGUGGGGCUGGUGGUGGUGAGUACUCUAACAUGCACAGCAACACUGCUGGUGGCGGAUAUGGCAGCGGCGGAAGCUACAAUACUACCAGCAACUCUGAUGGAUAUACUGGGAGCUAUGGUGUGGCUGGUGGGUACAAUUCCCCCAACACCUAUGGCUCCGGCAGCUACAACAGCGGAGGUGAUGGCAAUCCAGCCUUCAGCAGAAGCACUGCCGGUUUAAGCAGUGGGCAUUUCGGCAUCUCUGCUGUCAACAAUGGUGGCAGCUUUACUGGAAAUGCAGGCAAUACUGACAACUUCGGCGGAAAUGUGACCAGGACUGGCAGCUACAAUGGAAACAGCUACUCUGGAGGAUUUGGCGGCGGUGAGACUAUUGGAGCUAACAAGGUACGGUACAAUGGGCAAGACGACCUGCUGGGUGAAGACUGCUUCUCUGAGUUGGAGGACCGCCACGCAAGCAGGUCAGGAUAGGUUACAAUGUCGCAUCCCUUGCUUGUUACAGCGAAACAUAUUGUGCCAAGGUAACAAUAAUACCCAGUGGUGCUUCUUAGAGCAUACGAAAAGCUCAUUCCCUCCUUGGGCUAGGUUAGGCAAUUAGUAAUUCUGUUUUGGUUUCCAUGCUGUUUUGAUAGAAUCACUACUGUGAUGCCUUUGGUAAUGAUUACCGUGUUAUGUUACAAUGAGAUUUUAAGUUUUCCAUUAGACUAUCAUUGGACGUUGGAGUACUGGAGGGCCUUUUCCCCUCUUCCCUGCA